AUGAGAGGUCAAGAUUGCAAAGGAUCAAAGAAAAAUGCUCUAAAAAUUCAAGCUUUAGGGCUGCAUGAAAAGGCUAAGUCAUUGAUGGGUCGAUAUCAAACUGAAAAAGGCAGCCAUGGGAAAAUUAAUAAAAAGAAAGAUGCGGAGGAAGAUGAGAUCUAUAGGCCAGACCAAGAUUCUGACAUUGAUGAGCAUGAGCACGAUUCUUCUUUUGAGGGGACACGUAUCAAGGAAACUUUAAGUAAUCAAGGCUCCAACUCUAAUCGUAAGAAGAUUUUCAAAAUGAAAAGAGCUCGAAAAGCAAUAGCAAUGGCAAUGGCUUAUAAGAAGCGUCAACAGAACCUUGAGCCCAUUUCAUCAGCAAUAAAAACAAAUGACGCUGCAGCGCAGCAACCUACUGAAACUACACUAGGGCUCUCAAAUGGAAUUGAAAAGUCAAGAAGAGGUCCCACUAUGUGUUAUAAAGUCCAUGGAAGAACUGAAGAUGAACGCCUGGAAAUUACUUUGAAUAAGCAUGGUCAACCUGUUGGCCCGGACGAUGAUACAUGCAAUGAGUUCAUUAGCUUCUUGGGAACUCGAAAGGAAAAUAAACAUUACAUUGUCCCAGUUAAGGCUAAAAGAUGGGUUUUGCAAGCCAUUGGCGCUGCUUGGAGACGAUACAAAUGUUAUUUGAAAAGAGUACACUUUCAUAAAUAUGACAAUGAUAAAAUGAGGUUGAUGGAUCCACCAAAACGGGUCCCAAAAACAAUGUUCAAGGAAUUGUUGAAGAUUUGGAAUGAUGAAAAAUAUGAGGAACAAUGUAUGCAAAAUAAAGCAAAUCGGUUAGUUGGAAAGGAAAAGAACAUUAUGCAUACUUCAGGACCGAAGAGUUUUGCUAGUGUUCGAUAUAAAUGGAAAAAGGAUAGAAAAACAACACAAAAUCCUACUCUAGCUCAGAUGUUCAUAGAAACACGCAAGGAAAAGCUCACAAAGCGGAAGCCCGGUGAUCUAAGGGACAAAUUGAUUAAUGAACUUCAAGAUUCAGAGAAGGAUGUUGAUAGUGUAAUUUCCACUAUUAUUGGUUCUAAUAACAAGAAAAAGUCUCACAUAAACCUUUAUGGAAGAAGUGUUUCAUCAACUCAGUUAAAGAAGAAAGCUUUGAUGAAGGAAGUUGAAGAGAAGCAUGCUAGGGAGGUCGAAGCUCUACAAAAAAAUUAUGAGGAUAAAAGGCAACAAGAUAGAAGGGAGAUGGCAAAUGGUCUUAGCUUCUUCUUUUCUCAACUUCAGCAACAAAAUCCUCAAAUGUCUUUUGAUCUAAGCAUGUUUGGCUCUUUGUUUCUUGAGAGUCAAACUGAGAAGGAUGGUAAUACAGCAGGAAUGCUUCGACUUCAACCUUCGGCUUCUACAUCCAAGGGAGUGAAUAGUAUGGAAAAUGAACAAGAUGAAGAAGAUGAUUCGGAGGUUGAAGGAGGCGGUGACGUUGUGAAUUACAGUGCAAAUUUUGUGACAGACACGGUUUUUCGAACGUUUGAGGAUGCUGUUAAAUGGGAGGAUGCUGUUGCCAUAAAUCUGUAA